GAUUAAAAUUCCUCUGUAUUGCUCAGUCUUUCUGUGAAAGAGAAGCAAAACAGCAAGGCAGAGAGACUCCAGAAGAGACAGACAGACUCCUCCUGCUGCUGACUUGCCUCCUAGUCCCAAAGGAGGCACAUUUCUUCCCUGGGAGUUGCUGGAUAUCUGAGUGUUUCUCCUAACAUGAAGGUAUUUGAGUUUUUCCUUCUGGUAGAAGUUACAGGUUUCUUUCCAGUUUUUUCCAGUCCUUCCUCUCCGGUCAAUUGCCACUGGAAUCCUUAUGGCCCUUGGUCUGAAUGUGAUGGCUGCACUAAAACUCAGAUUCGCAGACGGACAAUAGCAGUUUAUGGCCAGUAUGGGGGAAACCCAUGUGUUGGGAGUGCCUUUGAAACACGACAAUGUGUUCCUACGAGAGGAUGCCCAACAGAGGAGGGCUGUGGUGAUAGGUUCAGGUGCUUUUCAGGUCAAUGCAUUAGCAAAUCUCUGGUGUGCAAUGGAGACCAGGAUUGUGAGGAAGACGGUGCUGAUGAGGAUCGGUGUGAAGAGAGCAGACCAGCUUGUGACAUUAAUAAAAUGCCUCCUAAUUCAGAACUUACAGGAGCUGGCUUUGAUGCCAUUUCUGGUGAGACUAGGGGGAGAGUGAUUCAUACUAAAAGUUUUGGUGGACAGUGCAGAAAGGUGUUUAGUGGUGAUCAGAGAGAAUACUACCGACUGAGUGAAAGCCUUCUUGCCUACACAUUCCAAGUGAAAAUUCAGAAUGAUUUUAGCUAUGAGUUUUACAACAGUAGCUGGUCUUAUAUGAAACACACAGUGCACAAUGUACGAUCAAACAGUGGCCAUUACUAUUCACAAAAGACACAGGAGAAAAGCAGCAAAAAGAGUAACCACUUCAUGGUUGUUGAGAAUGAUGUGGAAGUUGCUCAAUUCAUUAAUAACAACCCAGAAUUUCUAACUCUUACGGAGCCAUUCUGGAAAGAGCUUGCCAACCUUCCUGCUGUCUAUGAAUAUAGUGCAUACCGAAGAUUAAUUGAACAUUUUGGUACUCACUUCCUGCACUCUGGAUCUCUGGGAGGACAUUACAAAGUUCUCUUUUAUAUGGAUACUGAAAAAAUCAAAGCAGAAGGUUUGAGUAUUACAGACAUGUACAAAUGUACAUCAUCAGGUUGGAACUUACUCAUCGUAAAAAAGAAAAAGACUACCUGCUCAAAACUGGAUGAGCUGUUAAAAUCCUCUUCAGGAGUCAGUCAGAAUCAGAUUAGAGGUGAUCCCUAUGUAGAGGGAGGAAAUCCAGCGGCUGUUGCAGGCCUUGCUUAUCUAGAUUUGAAUAAUCCUGCUGGAAAUAGUGAAAGAUAUUCCUUCUGGGCUCGAUCAGUGAAAUACUAUCCUAGAGUAAUUAAACAAAAGCUAACACCAUUGUAUGAGCUGGUAAAGGAAGUGUCCUGUGCCUCAGUUAAAAGGCAUUACCUGAAACUAGCCAUUGAAGAGUAUCUGAGUGAGAAUGAUCCCUGCAAAUGUCGACCAUGUCAAAAUGGUGGCGAACCUGCCAUAGUAGAAACUCAGUGCCUCUGUUUCUGCAAACCUUAUACGUUUGGAGCAGCUUGUGAACUCGGAACUCUUGUACAAGAUCAACCAGGAGUCAUUGAUGGAAGGUGGAGUUGCUGGUCCCCUUGGAGUCCUUGCUCAGGAGGAAGGAAGUCAAGGAGUCGAACCUGCAAUAAUCCACCACCUAGUGGUGGUGGGAUAUCCUGCAUUGGAGAACAGUCUGAAAGCAGACAGUGUGAGGAUGAGGAGUUGCAACAUUUUCGUUUGAUUGAACCACACUGCUUUGAUGUGUCCAUAAUCCCCACAGAAUUCUGCUCACCUCCCCCACUCUUACAAAAUGGAUUUGUUCAAAAUGCCGAUUCCUCAUAUCCUGUCGGGAAAAGUGUUGUUUACGCCUGCAGAGAUGGUUAUUCUCUUGUUGGUGAUCCUGUUGCUAAAUGUGGGGAAGGUUUAAAGUGGCUCAUUGGGGAUAUGCAAUGCAAGAAAACAGCUUGUGUCUUACCUGUCCUGGCGGAGGAUAUGAGAGGAGCGCCAUGGAAACCUUCAUAUGAGAUUGGAGAGAAGGUGACUCUGUCCUGUCCAGAUGGCAUGCACUUGGAAGGGUCAUCUCUCAUUCUGUGUGAGCCCAGCCUCAAGUGGUCUCCUGAUAUGAAGGAUAUCCGGUGCAAGAGAAGAGUACCCAGCGUGAAACCAGAACUGACAGAACCUAAAUGUCAGCCAUGGGAGAAAGUGCAACAGUCAAAAUGUGUAUGUAAAAUGCCCUAUGAGUGUGGACCGUCCCUGGAUGUCUGUGCCACCGAUGAGAGAAGCAAGAGAAACACAGCCUUAACUGUGUGUAAGAUGUAUGCUCUUGAGUGUAUGGGCAGAAAAUACUCUUUGACCAGUGAGGAAAACUGCAAAAUGCCUGCUGCUGCUGCAAAACCUUGUGGCUCAUGUCAUUUGUGGCAAACAUGUAAUGCUCAAACCAACACGUGUGUGUGCCGAGAAGCUGGGCAAUGCGACGAGGGAGGAAUAAGCAUUUGCGUUGAAGUGAAUGGGAAAGUCACCAGUAGGACAAUGACUGAAUGCGAGGCUGGUCUCCUCAAGUGCCGGGGGGAGAAUGUCACCCCUGUCAGCAUAAGACCCUGUGAUGUACAGAGUAAAUAAGAUAUUUUAUAGUUCAUUUUGCUUCUUGCCAUGGGAUAUGUCAAAAUGUCAAUAGUUGGGCAGGUUAUGCUUAAAAGUGCCUUUGAGUUUGUUUUUUACUUUCUAUGUACAUAAAACCUUAUUCUACCCAAUGUAGGGCCUGACAUGAAGCCCACUGAAAUCCAUGAGGGUCUUUUCAUCAGCCUCAGUGGGCUUUAAUCAGGGCCCUUAGCCCUUACUCAGCUUGAACAGUCCCAUUGAAGCUAAAAUAAGGGCUAUAGGUCUAGGCCUAUGGCUUGGAAUUGGCAAGUCUGCUUUAUAUUUCCCUCUGGGUUAAAAAUGUUCCAAACUUGGCCUUGAUCCUGCAUCUUAUUUCCUGCAGGCACAUGGAACAAUCUGUAGACUCAGUCUAAAUCUGCAAAUACCAAGGUGCUAUUUAUAAAGAGUGAUUGAUUUAAGUGUCUAAAACAUGUAAAUUAAUUUGAGGGGGAAAAAAAACCCACCUCACAAAUGCACACAUACACUGAUUGGACUGGAUAGCUUCCCUGUGUAGAAACCA